GCAGGUUUGUCUUGUUGUCGUGGUAGCAUAUUUCAGCUGUGCCUUUUCUCACCAUAUACAGUACAUAGACAGUCAAUCAUAAAAAGACAACCGAUGACUAUCUUCUUCAUUGGUGGACAGUGCACAGAGCAGCUCAGACUCAGCAGCAGGGGCUUGUGAUCUGGUGUUUCUCUCAGGAUGGGGUAUCCUCUCACAGUGUGUGUGGCUGCCCUGCUCAUCCUGAGCACAGUGGAACACACACAGCAGGCUCCCAUCAAAGUUGAUUAUUUUAAUUCAAGCUUGCUGGGAGACGAAUUGAAUUUUGCUGGUGCAAAUUUCACCAAGCUGACACUUCCUGGGGUGUUUAAAUACUUUGGAUCCUUAUACGACACAGUUUAUGUUAGCGUGAAUGGUUACCUGAGUUUCUCUCCCCUUUCCAACGUCACUGAUGUGUAUUCUGAUGCAAGUGUCAUCGCACCACUGAUGACUGACGUCACAAGUGGAGGACAUUCCUUCAAGGUGGUCAGCGAUGGUCCUUUUCUGCAACAAGCAUCAGAACAAAUUGGCAAACUGUUCCCUGAGAUCUACUUCUCCGCUAACUAUUUCUAUGUCAUCACCUGGGAGAAUGUGUCAUUUGCCAGUAAUGAAGGGGGGGCAACCUUCCAAGUCGUGCUGCUCUCUGGCGAUGACGUAUCGGUCAUUCUGAUGAACUACAAACAUGUUGAUUUUACUGAACAAGAGUGGAUGACAGGCUAUUGGACAGCAGAUGGGAUUCAUCUUUUCACCAUUAAUGAAGCCAGUAGCUCUGACCUGUCUACAGGUUCUAAUGUCAGAACACCUGGUCUCUGGGCUUUUCGUGUUGAUGGUAAAUCCUAUGGAUCUUGUGACGAUCUGAACUGUACUGAGAGAGAAGUGUGUGAUGAAAGAACAGGAGUUUAUGGCUGUGUGUGUUCAAAAGACAAUCCACGACUCAACCCAGACACUUUUGAUGCUACUGAGGUAUGUGAAAGCAGUAAGGGGACACUCUCUCUGUCCCGCUGUCAGCUCUUUGAAGCUGGAUUUCCUGCUGAGUACCUCCACCUCCGAGAUCACAGGUGCAGAGGGAAGAUCCAGGAUGACAUGGUGGUGUUCCAUUUUGACAAUGAUCAGAACGUCUGUGGCACAAAUCUUAAGAGCAAUAAAACACACUUCGUCUACGAGAACGUCAUUCAGAUGAUCUAUGGUGAGGAGUCAAAGACUGUGAUCAGUCGUCAGAGAUGGGUGAACAUUGCUUUCUCUUGUGCAUACCCACUCAUCCAGACCCUUGACAUGCCCAUGGAUUUCAAGGCUCAGAAAAGUGUGGUCAGCAAGGACUUGGAUACAGCUGGUACAUACGAGAUCUACAUGCUCCCCUUCCCCAAUGCUUCCUUCGUUGAACCUUAUCAUGGAGAAGUUACUCUUGACGUGAACCAGCAGAUCUUUGUUGCCGUGGUGGUGGACAAAGUCGACGACAGUCAGAUCGCCACUGUGCUGGAUGAAUGCUGGGCCACUCCGGAUAACGACAGCAGCAACCACAUUCGCUGGGAUCUGAUCAUAAAUGAAUGUCCUAACCCUGAUGAUGGCACAGUGGAAGUGAUUACGAACGGCGCCUCGACAGCCAGCUACUUCUCCUUCAGGAUGUUCACCUUCACUGGUGUAUCUGACAAGGUCUACCUGCACUGCAAGGUUCACCUGUGCCUGAUAAAUGGAGGCGAAUGCGCCCAGUCCUGCAGUGAUGACAGCAUUCAAGUAAGAAGACGCCGUGCUUUGGAGUUCCAUGACACGGCUGCCAUCACCAUGGGCUUCUGAUCUGCUCAUCUGAAACAUACACUGGGUUUAAGAGGGCUUUGCUGUAAUUUCUAUAAUAGUUAUCUAACGACAAGCAACAACCUUAAUCAAAAGAACCUGUUUAAAAUUUUAAAUGUAUCAAUCAGUAAACAUUUGCAUGUUUAUUUUCUCCUGUACUACUUCCUUUGAAUAAACCUCUUAAGCAUG